AUGGCUCAGGCGAAGGAAAGAUCGGCUGAGGAUUGGGUGGAAUCUGUGAGCAUCUACCCAAUGACAGGGAGAGGCACGGAUAUAGAGCGAUGUAGAGUCGGCUUCAGACUGCAGACCUAAUGGAGUUGUGCGAAGAGAGAGAAGUGCGGAGAAAGAUGCUGCCGCCGGAAGGUGGUGCCGACGGCAACCAAAAUCAGACCAGUGAGACGAAGGCGGCUCAGGCGAAAAGAAAGAAAGCUUCAUCGGAACGAACAGAAAACCCGAUCGGCUACGUGAUCGGCUCUGUGGAUAGUGAGGAUGGAGUUGGUCUGUGUGGCUGGCUGCUGACGAUCUUCUCUUGGUGUGGAGUUAUCCUUACAUUCCCCUUCUCUAUGUGUCUUUGUAUAAAGGUUGUCCAGGAGUAUGAGAGAGCUGUUAUAUUCCGACUAGGUCGUCUUUUACCAGGGGGAGCAAAAGGCCCAGGUAUAUUCUUUGUGCUUCCCUGUAUCGAGAGUUACAGCAAAGUGGACCUAAGGACCGUAUCCUUUGAUGUCCCACCCCAGGAGAUUCUGACAAAGGACAGUGUGACAGUUUCGGUGGAUGCUGUGGUGUAUUACCGGGUGUCGAAUGCGACUGUGUCCGUGGCUAAUGUGGAGAAUGCUCAUCACUCGACUCGCCUCCUCGCACAGACAACACUGAGGAACAUCCUGGGGACAAAAGACCUGUCACAGAUCCUAACCGAGAGGGAGACUGUCAGCGAGGCCAUGCAGACAACCCUGGAUGAUGCCACGGACAACUGGGGGAUCCGCGUUGAGAGAGUGGAAAUUAAGGACGUGCGUCUUCCUGUACAGUUACAGAGAGCUAUGGCUGCUGAAGCUGAAGCCACAAGGGAAGCCAGAGCUAAGGUGAUUGCUGCAGAGGGUGAACACAAGUCAUCAAGGGCACUCAAAGAAGCUGCGGACAUUUUAAACGAUUCUCCGGCUGCCAUACAGUUGCGCUAUCUCCAGACCCUCAACUCGAUAUCUGCAGAGAAGAACUCUACUAUUGUCUUCCCCCUGCCCAUUGACCUCCUUCAUCAUUUCAUCAGAUCAUAGACAGUUGAGUUGCAAAGAUGAAAUCUGUUAGAAGCUUUAGUGUAGUGUGGGCCUCUUGUGGGGGUUAACAGAGUAUUUUUUCUCGCGUGGGACUGGGACUCAGACCAGAUGUCCCACCUUGUUAUAUGAAUUACUGUUGCAUGGAAUGGUGAUAAGUUGGUGAAAAAUGAUGUGAAGUUAGGUUUCUGUGAGUUACUUUCAUUAUAAACUGAUCUCACUGUAGACAAAUCACAAACUAGUCACAUGACUGUAGUACGAACUAUAACAUAGAUUGGUGGGAAGUAGGUGAAGUCAUGUGUAGUGAUGUGCGAUACUGUUAAACACAUAAAAUUUCACAUGAUUUUUUUCCAACGGCAGAGAGAUUAGUGGGGGAAAAAUUCCAUGAAUUCAAAGCUGUAUGUUGUUCUGAUAUUUUCCAAUUGAAAACUUGAUCUUUUUGACUGACCCUGCCUAGGAAGAAAUUUUUAAGAAAUAUUAAUGAAAUGGAAAAAUAAUAUGUUCUUCUUGAGAAUAUGCAAAAAGGAUAAAAGAAAUAAGGUAAUUGUGCUGCACACACUAAAACCUCAUCGCAGUAAAAGUACGGUAACAAAUGGUAUUAGACACCUAUCAAAUAAGGAAAUAAAAUAAAUUUCAAGUUCAAACUGUUUUUUCGCUAAUGGUAAAAAAUGUCCUACUGUAUUGUGUUAAAUAUGUUAGGCAACUAAUAUUGAUCACAUACUAAAAGAUGGGUGUGGAAAAAAAACAUUUAUUACAGAUGGAUAAAACUGGGAAGCUGAACAUUUGUGAACUCGGGAAGUUAAAGUUGAAGGAAGGAGGUGUCAUUUGUGUCUCUCUGACACAGUAAAGGCAAGUGAUCCGUAAAUUAAUGCCAACAGAGGAUGCCUGACAUUUUUUACAAAUCACAUAAUACAGCAGUACUGUUUUUACCUUUAAUCACAAAAGAGUUCAAACUGGAAACUCCCCUAUUGUCUUGUGAGAGGGAGGCCUUUGACAUUCUAUGGUGCAGGUGGCUGGUGACAUUGAUGUUGAUGCCUGGUGAAUCAUGCCCAACUAUACAACAGUCCUGUCUCUCACUGUAAGAAUGUUGAAAAAUUAUUAAUUGUUAAUUGACUGGGUGUGGGGAGGCAUUUUUACUUUCAUA